AUGACUAAUUUGCGAUCCGUAGCGACAGCUGACACUCCAUGCGCCAAGCCGGAGGACAGCAAUGGAGACUCCGGGUCAAACAAAGACCGUAAAAUGACGAAGACCAAGAGCCUCACGUCCGCUACGAACUCCAAAAGCAGCAGUCUUUUUGACCUCUUUAAAUCCCAUUCCGGUUCGACCGGCGUCUACCCUGACGCAACUUCACCGCUGCUGCGAUCGCCGGCCGAUGUACGGAAGAGUAAGAGCGUUGCGAGUGUCGGAGAUCCCCGCGAGCCACCGGCUAGAAAAUCGUUCUUGGACUCUCGCCGACGAUCCCAUCCACAGAGUGUGGAGGUGGGAUUCGCCGAGCAGAUUCCUGCGCCGCAGAACAGCGUGCGACACAUAAUUUCAGAGCCUUGCAUCUCCCAAGCGAAGUGCGCGGAAGAGGUGACGCUUGUGCGAAUUCCGCAUUUCGAGGAUGUUCUGCAAUAUCUUAGUGUGCUACAUCGCAAGGAGGACGACAAGGUGAUUGUGUACGAAGCCAGAACGCGCUGCGACAUCGGCUCCAUUCCCAAAGGUACCGAUUUGGCUCUGAAAGUCCUGAGCAAUAGGAAACCGUCGAUGGAGAAUCAGUUCCGAAAUGAGUUUCUUACGCACGUUCAGUGUUCGUCUAUGAAGCAUCCGAACAUCGCGCAAUGCUACCCUGUCAGACUCGAAACGGAAAACAAGUCUCAUUUUGCUAUGGCCACGGAACUGUCCCGGAUGGGCAGUCUUGGCCGCAUGUCCAGGGAAGUGCAGUACGAGCAGGCUGUUGCAGUGGUGCGAAACAUCGCCCAGGCCCUGCAACACGUUCACAGCCGAGGUUUCACUCACUGCGACGUGAAACGCGAGAACAUAGUUCGCCUGGCGGAUGGCGAUGAGGCCGUCUACAAGCUCAUGGAUUUCGGUUCGGCUCGCCCUCUUGGAGUUCGUUUCCACAAAUCGCAUGGCGCCGGGUACACGACGUCCUACGCACCGCCUGAGGUCUUCGAAGAGAACGAGACACCGGCAGGCACGUACCUUUCGCAGCCUUCCAUAGAUGUCUGGGAGUUGGGAAUCACGGCACUGCGCAUGUGUGGUCCUAAGCCCUGGAAGAAAGCCGUGCCGUCGUGUCCUGAGUAUCAUGCUUAUUGCAAGGCUGUCGCCACGGGAAUGCCAAACGCUCUGCCAGUAAACAUCGCUGCCCUGCCGCUUAAACUUCAAAAAACGGUGCCGUACAUGCUACACCCGAUUGCAGCACGGAGAUUCACCGUAUCGCAGGUUUUGUCGAAUAUCAAUUGA